AUGACCGAUCCAACACAGCACGCCGCUGAAUGCGAGCCCGGUUUUUCGUGCAGUCAGUCUGUCCAGAAAGCCACUUUGUUCAGUCAAGCUCCUCAGCGCCAACAAGAUGUUUCACCAGCAUGCAGUAUACCCAAACCAACUCGGCAAGCGCAAGACCGCGAGCCUGGAGUUCCUGGCAGCCAAGCUGCCCAGGAGCCAUUUUUGCAGAAUCAAGUUCAUCCACGAUUUUUUCUGGAUCUCUGUUCAGGAAGCUCCGUGCCAUUGUCCAGAGCAAUGAUGGAGGCGGGAAAAUGCGUUCUUCAUUGUGACAUUCCAUUGGAUGCAGCAACCAAUGCGGUCAACGAUGCCGUAUUCAGCUCCUUGGAGCGGCUCUGUUCUGCUGGAGUAGUAGGAUACCUGGCGGUAAAGACAAAUGGCAGGGAGCGCAGCCUGCUACAAUUGCCUGCGCUGAAGCAAAUGGUGCACCUUUUGUAUUUGGCAGGCGGAGCAGGAGGUCAGGGGCACUUGGAGCAACCUGCCAAUGCUGUUUCUUGGGAGGAAGAUGUUGUGCAGACGUGGCUCCGUCGCGCAGGCGCCACAUGCAUCAGCGUCCCGGCUUGCAGCGUUGGGCUGGACGGUGACCACAGCUGGUUGUUUGCGGGCACGCAUGCAAGCUUCGACGCACUGGCCUUUUCAAGUGACCAUUCUCCCGAACCUCAUCCAGAAACGUCUACAAUCAGACUGGCGGACAGCUCAACUCCCAGUGAGAGGACAGCAGAGUACCCGCUGGAGCUUGCCAGGCGUUUUGCGGCGAUUGUGGCGCCGAUGUGUUCUGGACCUGCAAAACAGCUGACAUUGCAGGAAGCUCUCUCCUGGAUUCCAAUCAAGCGCAUUCAUGAGCCACCAUGGGCUCUUCACGAUGGUGCAGGUGGGAAUCCAGAUUGGAGUGCUCCGCAGAAUGACAACUACCUACAGGCCUUACGCCACACAUGGGUGAAGCUGGUGUUAGAUGGUGGCCUCCACAAGAAGUUGAUGGCACAUUUGCAGCAACAUUCAGCAGAACCUCCUUUUUCUGAAGCAGAUUUGGCACCUUUCAAAACAGCUUUGAUCAAUUUUUUGUCAUUGCAGGAUACUGAUUGGGCCAUACCCCAGUGGCAACCCUUCCGGCUUCAUAUUUUGGAUCGUUUGUGCUCCUUGCUUCGGCACCCUGACAAGGCCGUUAUGCCCGCCUUAUUUGAAGGAGUUCCCUCCGGCUUCCAUCACAACAUUCCUCACAGUACAAUUUUCCCAGCCCGUGACACCACCAUUGUUGCCGAUACCAAUCUUUCAGUGCACUUUUCCAAUUGGAGCAAUGCGGAAGCCAAUGCUGACUUGGUGAGCGAUCUCAUUCAGCAGGAGAUGGCAGAAGGAUGGGUCUACCGCUUUGACGGUGACUUAACACAAGCUCAGCAAUGUUUCCCCGCAGGGGUUGCCAUUGGUAAGCUUAAUGUGGUUACGGCCCCAGGCCGCAAACCAAGAUUGAUUUUGGACAGCACCAUUUGUGGAACCAACCAGCGGUGCCUUAUCCCAGAUCGAUGCACAGUCCCUUCACCCAAAGACGUGCUAAGAGUGUUCCCACUGCGUGAAAAUGCUGAAGAACUUUGGGGUUUCUCGCUCGAUAUACAAGCCGCCCACAAAAGAAUUAGGUUGCUACCGGCAGAACAGGGACUGUUCGGUUUUCGUCAUCAAGGACAUUUGUAUUUCUAUCGGGUCACUCCGUUCGGAGCGACGCCGUCUGCACAUUGGUGGGCGCGCGCAGGUGCUCUGCUGCUUCGCAUUUUCCAAGACCUGGUUUUUUGGAAGCAUGCCAGUUUGCUCUACGUGGACGAUUUCUUAUUCAUGAUGUGCAAGCGCGUUUUGCCGCUGUCAGCAACCAUGAUUGUGAUAUUGGCGCUUCUUUUGGGUUGUCCGAUCAGUUGGCCAAAAUGUGAGCUGGGACCGCAAGUUAUUUGGGUUGGGUGGUCUUUUCAUUUUAGCUCAGGCUACGUAGCGCUGACUGAGGAAAAACGAUUGAAGCUACUUGAGCAGAUCGCGUCUUUGCUGACGCAUCGGCAUGUUUCUCGCAAGGCUCUAGAGCAGUUUAUCGGCCUCUUUUUGUGGGUUACCAACUUGUUCCCUCUGAUGCGUCCGUGGGUCUACUUUCUGUACAAGGAUUUGCGUAGCCCAAUUGCAACCCAAUACAGUUUGAACCCUGAUCAAUGGUUGCGCUUUUGCUCCAUCAUCAACGACGACCUGACCAUAUCUGAAACUUUGCCCGGCACGAGCUUCCGAGUUGGGUCGCGUGUCUUAAGCGUAAGACACAAGCAGUUGAGGCGCAAGGCUGAUUUGAGAGACGUGCGCAUCACUGAUAAGAGAAUUUGGGUGAGGGUUUCAGACCCUACUAGUAGCAGGCGUAAACUGCAUGAAGACUCUAUUCACGCAUUGCAGAUGUGGAGAACAUGGGCGUCCAGCAUGCCACCAGUCCUUUCCUUGUAUCCACCACGUUGGUGGAGCAUCACUGCAGCAGCAGAUGCUUGUGCAAAAGGCAAUGAUAUUGGAGUCGGAGGAUUCCUUCAAGACGCCAAUGGCAAAGUUCUGUGGUUUUCGGAACUUUUCCACAUGCCCAAAAGGACAUUUCUUCUUAUGAAACCUUUGCGCAAAUGGGACUCUUGCACGUGGCAGCAAGCAAGGCGCCCAAUUGCAGAUUGUGCUGUGUACUUCCCACUGUUACAGACAACACAUCAGUCGAGGCUGGCGUGA